CUCUUGAAUUGCCACGCACAAAAGAGAGAAGCUUCAUUCUUUUCUCUGUAAUUUAUCAUCCAUGGAGGUCGGUAAAGAAGCUGAACAAAACACUAACACCGUGAGAAAAGCUCUGCUAAUAAUAAACUGCAUCAUCCUUGCUAUAGGCAACUGUGCUGGUCCACUUAUGAUGCGCCUCUACUUCAUUCAUGGCGGCAAACGAGUCUGGUUCUGCAGCUUUCUCGAGACCGUUGCUUGGCCUAUCAUCCUUUUACCCAUCGUUUGUGCUUACUUUAAUCGUUCCAGGACCCAACCCACUUCGCAAAACAAGCUUUUCUUCAUGAAACCAUACUUGUUCCUCGCCGCCGCCUUCAUCGGAAUCCUCACCGGCCUUGACGACUACCUUUACGCCUACGGCGUCGCUCGCCUUCCCGUCUCGACUUCAUCUCUAAUCAUCGCCUCGCAGUUGGCUUUCACUGCGGGGUUUGCUCUUGUUCUGGUGAAGCAAAAGUUCACUUCUUAUUCCAUAAACGCCGUGUUUUUGUUGACGAUCGGAGCCGGCGUCUUGGCCAUGCACACGAGCGGCGAACACCCCGCGACCGAAUCGAACAGGGAAUACGUUGCGGGAUUUCUGAUGACCCUCGCGGCAGCUGCUUUGUAUGGCUUUCUCCUGCCUCUGAUGGAGCUCACUUACAAGAAAUCCAAGCAAGAAAUCAGCUACGCUCUUGUGAUGGAGAUUCAGAUGGUAAUGUGCUUCUUUGCUACUGGCGUUUGCACCAUUGGCAUGCUGGUUAACAACGAUUUUAAGGCAAUUCCAAGGGAAGCAAGAGAAUACGCACUCGGGGAAACAAAUUAUUACGUAAUAGCGAUUUGUAGCGCAAUAAUAUGGCAGUGUUUCUUCCUGGGAGCAAUAGGAGUAAUCUUCUGUGCAUCGUCCUUGUUAUCGGGCGUUAUAAUGGCUGUCUUAUUGCCCGUAACCGAGAUUUUAGCUGUCAUUUUCUACCACGAAAGUUUCCAUGCCGAGAAGGGAGUGGCGCUUGCACUCUCACUUUGGGGCUUCCUUUCUUAUUUCUACGGCGAGAUUAAGGACUCCAAGAAAAACAUACCGGUCCUUCAAUCGGAGAUGACCUCAGUCUCUGAUGGACAGCAAAGUGUGUGAAACACCGGCGAUGAUCCGAUGUCCGACCGAGCAUCUACGAGUUCCAGGCGAAAAAGUUUGAUGGAAUUUUGCUCGAUAGAUUUAUGAGAGAAGAAGUUUAUCAUACUUAAAUUCUAAGUUACCUUUCGAUGUUGAUGUAAGACUAUAAGUGGUAUGCUUUCAGUUCCAUAACAAUG